AUGUCGGACAGUGAUGGCAUUGCACACGAGCCGACUGGCCUGGAUGGUCUGCCACCAAUGCACAGCAUUGCCAAGGGCGAGGUGGUCUCUGUGCAGACCUACGGAGCCUUUGUCAGACUGCCAGGAUACAAGAAGGAAGGUCUGGUGCAUGUGAGUGAAAUGUCAGCCUCACGUGUUGAGAACGCCUCAGAGAUUGUUGAUAUGGGGGAAAAAGUGUGGAUUAAAGUCAUUGGGAGAGAGAUGCGAGACGACAAGGUCAAGUUGUCCUUUUCAAUGAAAGCUGUCAAUCAGGGGACUGGACAGGACUUGGACCCAAACAACGUCAUGGGAGAGCAGGAUGCGAGGCGACGUAGACAAUUCAGGGAUCACACCGGCAACAGGAUCACACUGGAGGCUGUCCUCAACACGACGUGCUCAAAGUGCGGCUGCAAGGGUCACUUUACAAAGGACUGUUUCUCCGCUCCGGGCCUGCAGUACGCUCUGUUACCUGAUGAGGACGACGUAGAGCCGCGGCGCCAGCAGCUCCUGCAGCCGCCCUCCUCAGUGGCACCACAGCUCGAGUCAGGCAAAAAGAAGAAGAAAAAGAAGGAGAAGAAAACCAAGAGGAAGAGGGAGCGGAAGGAGUCCGAGAGCGGCGGCAGCAGCAGCGGCGAAUGCAAAACCAAGAAGAGGCGCCACGAGCACACUCACGACAAAGAGGACAAAAAGAAAAAGAAACACAAGAAACACAAAUCGCACAAACACAGCUGAGACAGACACUCAACUCGAACCCACGUCGUUGGUCACACAACCUGCAGCUGUCAGACAGACGCAAAAUAAGAGGAAGUGGGUAGCAACAGACGAA